GUCUUUACCUUUGUUUACAUCAGCGCAUAACAAAAUAGCUGCCGCUACAAAAUUUGUGGUAUCCACGUAUGAUAAUGAUCACGCAUAUUUUAAAGGACAUGUCAUAAGAGAAAAGAACUUGUAUCCAUUUUCUGGAGCACUCGUAGGAGUUUGGGACACAUUGGCAAUGGUUUUAGGUGUAGAGAAGAAACAGCUGUCAGUUCAGUUUACUGAUAUACAUUUCUUUACACAACCAAUUCUUCAUAAACAGCGAAACUUGCGUUUAAAUAUAGCUUUACAUAGAGGAAAUGGCCGUUUUGAAGUAUUAGAUGAAAGUUCUACAAUCAUAACAGGUUAUAUAACUGGAGAGCUAAAAAAAGACAAACAAGACAAAGUUAAUUUAAAUUGUAAGGAAGAAAUGCAACUUAAAUCAGAUGAUAUUUAUAAACUCUUUUCUAUAAGGGAUUAUAAUUAUUCAGGUGUAUUUCGUAGUAUUUACAAUGCUAGUUUGUCAUUAUCUGAAGCUAAUAUAAAAUGGGAAGACAAUUGGGUGGCCAUGAUUGACAGUAUGCUCCAAUUAAAUGCGCUCAGAAGAAUUCAUGAAACCGUUUCUCAGCCACAUUUUGUAAGAAAAAUAAUAAUUGACGUAAACGAGCAUUUCGAUGAAAUGUAUGAAAUAGAUGGGAUAAAAGUUACACCUGCGAGGAUAUUUGAUGUUCAUGAUUAUACGAGAUGCGGUGGUAUAAUCAUGCAAAAUAUAAGAUUUCAUGAUUUGCCAACUAUCUGUAAAAAUGUUGGACUAAAAACCCUAAAAUUUAUUCCACACUUUUCUACAAGCGCCAUCGAUAAAGUAUCAGCACUCUCUACUUAUAUACAAAUAUGUGCUGAAAAUUUAAAUAAACACGAUUUAAAUAUUAUAGAAAUUUUUGAAAAUAGUGUCUCUGGAUUUGCUGAUACUAAUCAAAUUCUCUCUGAAAUUCCUGGAAUACAGGCGAAUUAUUCAGUAAUUGCAAGAGAUAGCCUUAAAACAAGUAAUAUUGCUUCAUUGGGUGAAAUCGAUUUGCUGUUAGUGUUAAAUCUAUCAAAUAAUGAUGAUUUAUGUCAAAUGCUACACCGAAUUCUUAGAUGCAAUACUUUUGUGGUUAACUAUGAGAAGUAUAAAGCAGAAAUUUCGAGGGAUCGACCAUCAUCCCUGUACCAAAGUAUUUGUGCACAUACAAUAGGGUCAACAGUUAUAGAACUAGUGUUGUGGCGUCCCACUGAAUCAAAUGUUGGCACUAGUGCUGUAACAGUUUACACCGAAUCUGAUUUUGCUCUACUUACUUCAAGAAUAACAGCAAUACAAUUAAAUCAAAAACUUGUGAUAUUAACCUCGUAUCCUCCAUUAGCUUCUUUAAAAACAGCAGUAAAGAAAUGGAGAACAGAGGAUAACCGCAAAAUUAAUCUAAUCAUGAUCAAUGAGUUUUCCAGUACCCCGAAUCUGGAUAAAAUACCACUUACUGACUUAGCCGUUAAUAUUUUGCAUAAAGGCACGUGGGGCGGAGAAUACUACUUACCUGCAAAAGAAAUUUCAAGAAAAGAAGGACUUGGAUUAGAGCUUAAUAUUAGACAGUUAGGUGACCUAGACUCCUUGCAUUGGACAGAAUUACGGGAGCCUAGAGGCACGGGCAUAAAUGUAAAGGUUCAUUUUGCUGGAGUAAAUAUUGUUGAAGUACAGAACAAAAUGGGAGUUAUUUCAUGCGAUAAAGAAGACAUGCAACUUUUCGAUUUUAGUGGAACUACUGAUAGCGGAGCUCGUGUAAUGGGAAUUGCGAAUUAUGAAUCUAUAAGAACACAUGUAAGCGUGAAACCGGAAUAUCUGUGGCCUGUGCCGGCACACUGGACUAUGGAAGAUGCAGCUACAGUUCCAUUGGCCUACUGUCUCGCUCUUUAUUGCUUGGCAAAGUUCAAGCCUGGAAUAACAAUUUUGGUACAUGGAGGCGCUGGUGCUCUUGGCCAGGCAGUUAUAUCGAUUGCUUUGGCAUAUGGCUGCAACAUUUUUACUACUGUUAGCGAUAUCACCAAAAAGAGAUUCCUGCAAAAACUCUUCCCAGAGCUUAAAGAAAGUCACAUUGGAAAUUCACGUGAUAUAAGUUUCGGAGAUAUAGUGCUACACGCUACAAAGGGUGAGGGUUGUAAUUUAAUCAUAAGCUGUGUUAAAGGAGCCCUUAAAAAUAAGUUGCAAUUAAUGCUCACCGAGGGUAUUGCCCGUGGAUACGUCCGGCCACUGUCUCGUGUGACGUAUUCCCCACAAGAUGUAACACGUGCAUACAGUCUUCAAGCUGGAAGCCGUCAUCGUGGACGUGUACUACUCGACUUAAAAAAGGAUAUAUCUCAUGUUCAGAUAAAAAUAACUUGUUCUACUCAACUACGACAGUUGGUAAUAUCAGAGAACGAAUUGCUGGCAUUAAAAUUAGUCGACAGACUAGUGAACCGUGGGGCUAGAAAGAUAAUAUUAGUUUCUUCGACUGGAUCAUCAUAUUGUCUGUCCCAAAAAUUACGAACUUGGGUUAAACAAGGAGUACAAGUAAAAGUGAUCCUUGAAAAUACGUUUAGUUCAAAUAGCAUUAUUAAUUUAUCUGCUGAGGAUCAGUCGUUCGCAGGCAUUGAAGGAAUAUAUUACAUAGUUUCUGCAAAUGCAAUAAGUGAGAAUAGUUACGAAAUGUUGAAGCAGAUCAAACUAUUAUCGCAAAAAUUAUGCUCAGAUUUAAAAUAUUUUGCUAUUAUUAACGACGGAAAAGACGAUUUUGAAAGAACAGUUUUAUCUCAAGUUGUUGACAAUCAAUUAUUAACCUGGAUUAAGCUGCCUGCUUUGAAAAUGGUACAUAAGAAGAAUGAAAAUGAAUUUGAUGAAGCUAUUUCAGCAGUAAAUGCCAUUGAUGCCAUUGAAAAAGCAAUUUGCCUGAAAGAACGUGCUAUACUCAUACAUUCCUUAAAAAAAUCUCAAGCUGUGUCCUUGGUACAUGAAUUAGGUUCAAAAACAGGCAUAAAUAUUCCCGAUGAUAUACCAGAAAGUACUUUUAUAGCAGAUUUGGAUAUUGAGCCUGCUAAGUUAGAAAUAUUUAGGUCUUAUUUGUAUAAUACUUAUCACAUAUUCUUAGACGAAAAUAGUUUACCAGCCUUGACUAUUAAAUCG